AUGCCAACCAAGCUAACUACAACAUCCACCGUCCCUCUUCAAAACUCGGAUACCCGAAUGCCCGUCGUCGGCUUCGGCGUCUACCAGAUCGACCGACCAGCCACCACAGACGCAUGCCUGCGCGCCAUAUCCGCCGGAUACCGUUACAUUGACACAGCACAGAUCUAUCAAAAUGAGGCAGAGGUAGGUCUUGCGCUACAGCAAUGCGAUCUACCUCGUAAAGACAUCUUUGUCACCACCAAGAUCCGCUAUCCCCGCCUUGGCAAAGGCAAGACCUACCUUCGGGCGCUGCAGAGCGUCCAAAAGAUUGACCCCCGUGAAGAUGGAUACGUGGAUCUGUUUCUCAUUCACUCGCCGUAUGCGUUGAAGCCUAAAGAACGAAAAGAAUUAUGGCUGGCGCUGGAGAAGUUGUGGAAGGAUGGGAAGGCUAGGGCCAUUGGGGUAAGCAAUUAUCAGCCUGAGCAUUUGGAGGAGAUGAGGGGGUAUGCGACCGUCUGGCCGCCUGCUGUCAAUCAGAUUGUUGUAAGUCGCCAUUUUACACUCCAUGUUUGUUCGCAUCUUCUUCAUCCCUGCACACAACAGCGUGAGACAGUAGACUACUGCAAUAAGCAUGGCAUAGUUCUCCAGGCACAUAGUCCGCUAUCUAGAGGAUUGAAGGCGCAGGAGGACGCAGUUGUCAAAAUCGCGGGCAAAGUUGGUGGAAAGUCGCCUGCGCAGGUGCUGAUCCGGUACUGCUUGCAGAAGGGUUGGGUGCCACUGACCAAGAGUGAGAAUGAAGCGCGGGUCAAGGAGAAUAUAGACGUUUUUGACUUUGUACUCUCAAAGGAAGAUAUGGCGUCGCUGGACCGACUUGAUCGUGGGGAAGCGCCAAAGUUUGAGUAA